AUGGAUCCGUUAAUGAAGGAAGAAGAGUACAAUUGGAGAGAAGUGAUACUACCGUCGCUAAUACUAGUUGUGCCGGAGCCGGAACUGGAGAGAGAAACCGGAGAGAGAAGGAGAGGACGCGACAUAAUAAUCGCAGUUGAUCAUGGACCCAAUAGCAAACACGCUUUUCAUUGGGCAAUAACUCAUCUCUGCCGCCUCGCAGAUACCGUUCACCUUGUUCUUAUGGAGAAGCUUGCAGUGGAGGCUCUUGAGGUUGCUAUGGUGAAGUCGAAGGCUAGGAUCGUGGAAGGAGAUGCAGGGAAGGCAAUUUGCAAGGAAGCAGGGAGGUUAAAGCCUGCUGCUGUUGUUCUUGUGUGCUACAAGGCAGCGUUAGUGAAUAUUGCUUCCACAAUUGUAAAACCGCACCAGUCAUUAUUGUUCCUGGAAAAGAAUGUCCAGCUGCAUAUCUUCUGGAUGGUUCCAGUUCUGGUGAGGUGGAGGCAUCUUCCAACGAGCUUGCUGAUGUGUAUUUCUGUCCAAGUCAGCUGGCUUCUUCUUCCCCACGUGAUUUACUUCAGCUUCAUUUCUUGA